CAGUAGCCAGCUAUCGUCCUCCUCUACUGAUCAGCGGAGGUAGUUGUUGAUCGAAGCUGAGACGUUGAACCAACCACGAUGAUGAAGGAGCUGCUGUUGCUAGUGCUGGCGGCACUAUGCAUGUCCGACGCGAUGCACAUCUCCGGUAAGACGGCCGAUAUGGACUUCCUCCACAAGCAGAAGAAGAUCUAUGAGCUGCUGUUCUUCGUGAAGCAACACUCCCUUACCGACACCGAAUACUAUGAGAUUGGUCGCAACUAUGACAUCGAGAACAACAUCGACAUGUACAAGGACAAGACCAUCGUCCAGGAGUUCUUGUACAUGUACAGGCAAGGCAUGCUUAGCCGUCAUGCUAUCUACUCGCCGUACUACGAAGAACACCGUUACGAGAUGAAGUGCCUGUUCAAGCUCUUCUACUACGCCAAGGACUUCCAGACCUUCUACAAAACUGCUGCUUGGGCGCGCCUUUAUCUCAAUGACGGCGUAUUCACAAAUGCCUUCACCAUCGCCGUCUUCUACCGUCCUGACUGCAAAUACAUGAGAUUGCCAGCUCCCUAUGAGAUCUAUCCCAAUCUGUACUUUGACAGCAAUGUCAUCCAGCAGGCUCAUGACAUCAAGAUGACUCGUGGACUCGCGACUGCCAACAUCGACAACGUCGACAGCUACAUGAUCUAUGCCAACUAUUCCGGCAGCUACAUCAAACCCACCUACGAUGAAGAAUACAAGCUGGACUACUACAUGGAGGACAUUGGCUUGAACACCUACUACUACUACUUCCGCCAAGUUAUGCCGUUCUGGCUCGACUUUAAGGAAUAUGACAUAAAGUACGACUUCCCCAAAUACUUCCGUGGCUACUACUACUAUUUCUUCCACAACCAGCUUAUGGGCCGUUACUUCUUGGAACGCGUCUCCAAUGGUUUAGGUGAAAUCGAAUACUUUGAUUGGAACAAGCCCUUCUAUCCUGGUUACUACUCGACUCUGAUGUACAACAAUGGAAUCGUCAUUCCUCAACGCUCUCGCUACAUGAACGUGCCCUUCUACAAAUACAAGUACCUGAAGGAAAUCGAGACACUUGAAAUGCGUAUCAUGAACGCUAUCGAUCUUGGCUACGUGUACGAUAAGAACGGCAAACAGUUCAACAUCUACACUCCCGAAGGCUUCGGCAUCCUUGCCAACCUGAUUGAAGGAAACGUAGACUCGUGCAACCGACGCUUCUACGGAAUGUAUGACGCUCUUGCUCGAGAUAUCCUCGGCUUCAACUUUGACUACAAGGACAAGAACAAGGCAAUCCCCAGUGCUCUUCAAUGCUACAGCACCAGCAUGAGAGACCCGGCAUUCUACCGUCUGUACAAGAGAAUCAUGACGUACUUCUUCAGAUACAAGAAGUACAUGCCCUACUACACGCAGAACGAACUGAUCUUCCCUGGUGUUAAAUUCGAAUCUGUGAACAUCGACAAGUUGCUGACCUACUUCGACUACUGCGACACGUUCAUCAACAACGCCGUUUCCGUGGAGAACUUCAAGGAGGGAAUGAAAUUACGCGUGAAGGCUCGCCGCUACUGCCUCAACUACAAGCCGUUCACCUACCGAUUCAACAUCAACAGCGACAAGGAAACCAAGGCCGUGUUCAAGAUCUUCCUUGGACCUGCCUUCGAUGAUCCUCACAACGAGAAGGACAUGUCUUACUUCCACCAGUACUACAAAUACUUCGUCGAAAUGGACAAGUUCGUCGUGACGCUGAGACCAGGCCAGAACGCCAUCGAACGCCAUAGCUCCGACUCCGUCUAUACCAUGCCUGACAUGCUGUCCAGCGACAUGUUCUACAAGAAAUUGGAGAAGGCUGUAAGCGGCAGCGAACCCUUCACUUACUACGAGAAGCUCUUCGGUUACCCCGAGCGUUUGACUCUGCCUAAGGGCAAACCCGAGGGUAUGCGGUUUAAGAUGUUCUUCUACAUGAGUCCAUUCGACGAGACCAAGAUGACGAAUGUGGAACUGCCGAUCUUCGGCAAGUACACCUUCGACGACAAACCGUUCGGUUUCCCGCUCGACAGACCGAUGUACCCAUGGAAGUUCUUCACUCCCAACAUGUACUUCAAGGACGUCUACAUCUACCACACCUACGAGCACGAGAAGGCCUACGAAAAGAGCUACGAGAAGAGCUACGAGAAGAACUAUACCGCAGUGACAGAAUUCCUUCAGCGAUGGAAGCACGGAAUGCUCCCGCGGGGAGAAGUAUUCUCCGCGAUGAAUCAUCAACAUCACAACGAAGCACUCUGCUUCUUCCGUGUCCUGUAUUCCGCCAAGGACUUUGACACCUUCUACAACACCGCCGUGUGGGCGCGAUUCCACGUGAACGAACCAAUGUACGUCCACGUGUUGAGCGCCGUCGUGCUGCACCGCCCGGACACCAAGUACAUCCGUUUGCCCCCGUUUUACGAAACGAUGCCUCACUUGUUCUUCAACGAGGAGGUCUUACAUAAGGCUUACCACAUCGCCAUGGGGGACACCAACACAGGCAUCAAGAAAACGAUCGGUGGCGUAGACCACUAUUAUAUUCCCUCCAACUAUAGCGGUUGGUACGUGGUCAGAGACCAGGUACCAGAGCAACAGAAGCUAAGUUACUUCACCGAGGACGUCGGCUUGAAUGCUUUCUACUCUGUAAUGUCCUACGACUUCCCGACUUGGAUGAACAGCGCUCGAUACCACCUGCCGCAAAAUAUCCGCGGUGAAUUAUAUAUGUUCAUCCAUAAGCAGUUGAUUACCCGUUUCUAUAUGGAGAGUCUGUCAAACGAUGUAGGAGAGAUCAAGUAUGUCGAUGUACACAGACCUAUUGUCGGUUACUAUCCGACGAUGCAUCAUCACAAUGGACUGUCGUUCCCACAACGUCCCGUUGGCUUCAGGGUUCCUGUUCAUGCGCACAGGGAUGUUCAGGCCUUGGAAGAUUUCCACACUCGUAUCUCCGACGCUAUCGAUAGUGGUUACGUCGUUGACGUAAACGGUAAAAGAAUCAACAUCUACGAUACCGUGGACGGUAUCAACUAUCUUGGUAAUGUGAUCCAAGGCAAUGCCGAUUCCGUCAAUCCUAAGUACUACGGAUACGUGGAUUACUUGUACAGAAGGAUUCUGGGCAUGAGCAUGGUACCCACCACGGAGUACAGCGUGGUUCCUACCGCUCUGGACUACUACGCUACCAGCAUGAGAGAUCCCGCGUUCUACGGAAUGUAUAAGAACAUCGUCACCUAUUGGAUGAGAUAUAAGCAACACUUGCCCAGCUACAGGCAUGAAGAACUCGUCUUCCCUGGUGUGACAGUCGAGUCCGUUACUGUUGACAAAUUGAUGACCUUCUUCGACUACUUUGAGUCGUUGAUUAACAAUGCCGUGUCGGUGCGCAGUCAUAAGGAAGCUCAAUCAAUGCUGAUCAAGGCGCGUCAAUAUCGUCUCAAUCAUAAGCCCUUCACUUACCACAUCACGGUCAACAGUGACAGGAAUGUCAAGGCGGUCGUCCGCGUCUUCUUGGGACCGAAAUACGAUGUUCACGGUCACGAAGUAGAUAUGACCAAGAACUACAUGAACUUCAUGGAGAUGGAUCAGUGGACCGUUGACCUGAAACCUGGUACCAACAAGAUUGAACGUAACAGCUACGAGUCCAUCUACGUCGUUCCGGACGAAGUGCCAAGCGAAGUCCUGUACAAGAAGAUGGUGAAAGCUAUCGAGGGUGGCGAGACCUUCACCUAUCCGACUAAACCUUACGGUUUCCCCGACCGUCUGAUGCUUCCCAAGGGCAAGAAAGAGGGAAUGCCGCUCAAGUUAUUCGUAUGCGUGUCGCACUUCGAUGAGUCGAGAGCCUACCAUGUGGACUCCCCCGUUUGGGGUCCAAACAUGAUGGACGCUCGCCCAAUGGGAUAUCCAUUGGAUAGACCGGUGGUCCACACCUUCAACUUUACCAUGCCCAACUUUUACAUGAAGGAUGUCCUGUGCAUGCGAGGCGUCGGCCGCCGCUCAGAAUUAGUCUCGACCGUAGUGGAUAUUAGGAAACUUCGGGAAAUGAAGCUCUUGACGGUGCUGGCCAUCGUCGUGGCUGUCACCCUCGGUGUGGUAGCAGCCGACUACAAUACCGUAAAGACCGCCGACAAGGACUUCCUUCUCAAGCAGAAGAAGAUUUAUAAUCUCUUGUACUAUGUCUCGCAACCCUCCCUCGUGAAUCCUUCCUUGUACGAGGAAGGCCGCUCGUACAAUAUCGAGGCCAACAUCGACUCCUACGCUAACACGGCUGCAGUGAAGAAUUUCCUCUAUCUGUACGAGUAUGGCAUGCUUCCUCGUGGCGAGGUCAGUUCUAUGUACUAUCCGAAGCUCCAGAAAGAAACGGCAGCGUUGUUCCGCCUGUUCUACUACGCCAAAGACUUUGAUACCUUCUACAAGACGGCAUGUUGGGCGCGCAUCUACAUGAACGAGAUGCAAUACGUGUUCGCCUUCUACAACGCCGUUAUACGUCGCGAGGACACCAAAUUCCUUCAAUUACCACCUAUGUACGAGAUGUACCCGUACUUCUUCUUCAACUCCGAAGUGCUCGAAAAGGCCCAUCACGCGAAACUUUUUGGUAAACUCGACUCGAAGAAAUUCGCUGGCUACGACACUUACAUCAUCCCGGCGAAUUAUUCCGGAUGGUACGUGUUGCGCGAUUACGACCAGGAGCACAAGCUCAACUACUUCACCGAGGACAUCGGCUUGAACGCCUACUACUUCUACUUCCGGCAAGAGUAUCCCUUCUGGCUGAAGGGUGAAGAGUUUGGAUUGCAAAAGUACCGUGGUGAGGAAUAUCUGUAUGCCCACAAACAAUUGAUGGCUCGUUAUCAUUUGGAGAUGGUGUCGAACGACAUCAGUAAGAUCGAGGAUUACGAUUGGGGCCGUGAAUUCCACACUGGUUACUACCCAACGAUGACUUAUCAUAAUGGGCUGCCACUGCCACAGAGACCAUAUUGGAGCAAGUUCCCUUUCUACAAGUAUAAGUACAUAAAGGAUAUACACGACAUGGAAUCUCGAGUCUCAGCGGCUAUCGAUUCUGGAUUCGUCAUAGACGCGACCGGCAAGUUCAUCAACAUCUACACGCCCGAGGGUCUCAAUAUUCUCGGCAACAUAAUCGAGGGCAACGCGGACUCGUGCAAUCCUGAGUUUUACGGCAGCAUCGAUUUCUUCGCGAGGAAAAUUCUGGGAUACAAUCUGGAGCCGUCGACGCCCUAUCAGAUCAUACCGAGCGCCCUUGAAAUGUACAGCACCUCUCUGAGGGAUCCCGCAUUCUAUCGUCUCUACAAGAGAAUAUUCGAAUCUUACUAUUACAGGUACAAGAAGCACCAGAAACCGUACAUGAAGAACGAUAUUGUUUUCCCCGAACUGAAGAUCGAGUCCUUCGUUGUGGACAAAAUGAUCACGUAUUUCGAUCAAUUCGACACUUCGAUCAGCAACGGUUUAAUGAUCGAGGACGCGAAGGAAGCCGAGAACAUGCUGAUCAAGGUUCGCCAGUAUCGUCUCAAUCACAAACCCUUCAGCUUCCACCUCGCAAUCAAUGCCGAGAAACCCAUGAAAGCCGCGAUCCGCAUCUUCCUCGGACCAAAAUACGACAUUCAUCAUAAACCAUUGGACUUUGUUGAAAACGCAAAGUACUUCUACGAGAUGGACAACUGGAUAGUCGACCUGAAUGCUGGUGUGAACAAGAUCGUCCGAAACAGCCAAGACUGCUUCUUCGCUAUGCCUGAUCCGGAACCGAGCGAGGUGUUCUACAAGAAGGUACUCAAGAGCUUGGAUGGUUCCGAGUCCCUCUCGUACGCCGAACGUCUCUACGGAUUCCCGGAACGUCUUCUCUUACCCAAGGGCAAGAAGGAGGGUAUGCCUUUCCAGAUCUUCGUGUACGUCAACCCGAUUGAAGGAGAGACGGUUCCGUACUUCUCUCGCAUUUUCGGCGGCUACAAAUUCGACAACAAGCCGAUGGGAUUCCCCCUGGACAGGCCGGUCUACAACUUCCACUAUAACGGACCGAACAUGAUGUUGAAAGACGUUAUGAUCUAUCAUAAGGAUGAGAUGGAGCUGAAUGUUACUUAUUGA